AUGACUAGACUAAAUGGCAAGACUGCCGUGAUCACCGGCGGCGCUACCGGCAUCGGUCUCGCAACGGCGACGCGCUUCAUCCAGGAGGGUGCAUUUGUCUUUAUCUUUAGUCGCCGACAAGAAGCACUCGACAAGGCUUUAGUUAACCUUGGGCCAAAUGCCCGAGCGGUAAAGGGUUCAGUUUCCAACCUGGCGGACCUUGACCGUCUCUAUGCAGCGGUAAAAGCCGAGCGCGGAACUCUCGACAUCGUCUUCGCAAACGCCGGCGCGGGAAGCCAACUUCCUCUUGGGAAGAUCACCAUGGAGCACUGUGACGAAAUCCUUGACACCAAUGUGAAGGGUUCGGUUUUUACGGUCCAGAAGGCACUGCCAUUGAUGGGCAAGGGCGGUUCGAUCAUCCUGACCGGAUCAAGCGCUGGCACCACGGGUGCCCCGGCAUUUAGCCUCUAUGGCUCAAGCAAGGCCGCUGUGCGCAACCUUGCGCGGACCUGGGCGGAGGACCUGAAAGGCACCGGCAUUCGAGUAAACGUGCUAUCGCCCGGGCCGACGGCGACCGAACUCGCGAAGGAAGCCCUAGGCGAAGAGGGCCAGAAAGUCUUUGCCAUGCAGAAUCCACUCCAGCGCAUGGCUGAUCCGGGGGAAAUCGGGGCGGUGGCUGCUUUUCUCGCGUCGCAUGACAGCAGCUUUAUGACAGCUAGCGAGGUCGCCGUCGACGGUGGUCUUGCGCAAAUCUAG